GUUCAACGCAACAGUACAACCGCUGAAAUCUUUUCCACAACAAACUCCUCUCCUUGCUUCCCAACCCUUCAACCACGUCCUAACGCGUCGCCAACCAUGGCCGAACCCAUCAGGAACAAGAAGAUCGACCUCGCGGCGCCAACCCCGCAGAACACGCCGGCCAACAACGCGCCUAUCAGCAGUCGGGCUCAGGCACCGGGUCUAGGAAGCCUCAAAGAAGAGGAUUUUGACAAGGCUGCAGCCGCUGGUCUUCUUGCUCAGAACCCAGCCCUGGUUGCAAUGAUGCAAAACAAGCUCAGUGGCCUCGUUGGCCGCUCCUCGGGUUACGUUGAGAGCCUCCCUGCCAAUGUCCGCCGCCGAGUGGCAGGUCUUAAGGGUGUGCAGAAGGAGCACGCCAAGCUCGAGGCACAAUUCCAGGAGGAGGUUCUGGAGCUGGAGAAGAAGUACUUUGCCAAGUUCACGCCCUUGUACGAGAAGCGGGCGAAGAUCGUCAACGGCGAGGUCGAGCCGUCCAAGGAAGAGAUCGAGGCUGGAGAGGCCGACGAGGAGAACGAAGACGAGGAAGAUGGCAUGGACGCAGAGAAAACCGAGACGCCUGCCGAUGACAGCAUCAAGGGCAUUCCGGAGUUCUGGCUGUCUGCCAUGAAGAACCAAGUGUCGCUCGCCGAAAUGAUCACCGACAGAGACGAAGAAGCGCUUAAGUAUCUGACCGACAUCCGCAUGGAGUACCUCGAGAAGCCUGGCUUCAAGCUGAUCUUUGAGUUCGCGCCGAACGAGUUCUUCACGAACAAGACCAUCUCCAAGACCUACUUCUAUCAGGAGGAGAACGGCUACGGAGGUGAUUUCAUCUACGACCAUGCUGAAGGCGACAAGAUCGACUGGCAGCCAAACAAGGAUCUCACUGUGAGGAUAGAGAGCAAGAAGCAGCGAAACAAGACUACCAAGCAAACCCGUGUCGUGCGGAAAACAGUGCCCUGCGAGUCGUUCUUCAACUUCUUCAACCCUCCAAAGCCGCCUGCGGAUGACGACGAGAACACGUCAGACAUCGAAGAGCGUCUUGAACUCGAUUACCAGCUUGGCGAAGACAUCAAGGAGAAGCUGAUCCCACGUGCUGUGGACUGGUUCACGGGCGAGGCUCUGCAAUACGAGCAUCUCGAUGACUUUGACGAUGCUGAUUUUGAGGAUGAAGACGAUGAGGACGAGCUCAGUGACGAUCAUGACGACGAGGAUGAGGAGUCGGACGAGGAGAAUGACGGCUCGAAGCCAAAGCAGGAGGCCGCGGAGUGCAAGCAGAGUUAGAAAGACGUAAGCUACCUUCGACCGCUCGUUCAGCCGCCUGCCACGCCUUGGACUGGUUGAAGCCGUAAAUGUCUACAGAAUCAUAAUUAGACAGCGGGCUACAAGGUUCUUCGCCAGAACAUGACGGUGUCGUAAACAUCAAACCCCCAAUUCACAUCAUACGCAACAUGCACAGCGGCCCACGCAAAUAUAAAAUCCAAAACUCAUCAAGACUCUCCUUUGUGUUCCAAUUCAACCCAUAUGGCAGGCAAGUGUGCGGGGCGGACCGGCAUGGCAGAGAGGAAAGAGCACAACCUUUUUCUUUUUUGGGGAAGCAAAGCUAAGGUCGUGGGAUUUUGCAAGAAAGAGGGUUACCACCGGCAGGCGUAUCGGAUCCUUUUUUUUAUCCUAUGGACGGGGCUGCAUAACUUGCUGAAGUGCUGGGCUUGUGUCUUUUUUUUCACUCUCCAUCAACGUAGUAGUUCCACAAAUACGACAUCUAUUCCCCAAGAA